UUCUGCCAUUCCACCAUCAAGGAUGGAUUCUCCUUCCCAACAACAGUAGUUGACUGGUCUGCUUAUUCAGCAGAGUUGUGUGAUGAGAAUACAACCAGUGCUGGUUUACCAGAAGCCUCAGCAGAUUGUUUAAAUGACACUGGAUCUCCGAUGUUUGGUCCUCCUCACAAGCUGCAGUGUGAAUUUACCCUCAGUGACAUUCUAGGAAAUAUCUACAGCAGUUCAGGUGAUUUAAUACAGUUAGCCUUCAGUACUCAGAUCCUGACCUCCCGACCAGAGCAGCUGUCAGCUGACAACAUCACCACAGCAGCUCAGAUAGCUAACACACUGCUUCAGUCUGCAAACAUCACAAAGGCCAUCGCAGAGGCAGCUGUAACUACCAUCAGCCAGCUGUUGAAUACCAGUGAGAAGAGUACACAGGAGAGAGUCGCUGUCCAAAAGCUCACAGAGACCCUGGAGAAGUUUUCCCUGGACCAGCACAAUAAUGUGUCCUUGGUGGUUCAGCCCAACCUGGUAGUCCAGUCUGUCCAAGUACCAAGUGACUCAGUAGGGAUCCAGUUUACUGCUCUGACUGGAAGAUCUGGUAAUUUUGUGGCCAACAGAAUUCAGCUCAACACCAAUACCUCUGAACUGAUAACUAGCAAAAGAGGUCCUYCCGACGUCCAGAUUUUUAUCAAAUUCCCACCAGUUUUGCAUAGUAAAAACACAAACCACUCCAUUGGUUUUGUACUCUACCAAAACGACCYGUUCUUCAGGUCCAGGGCUUUCAGUGCUUCUUCAGGGACCAGCAGAAGGGUCAUCUCUGCUAACCUGGGACAGGUGUCUGGGUUACAUGUUGAGAUGGUCUUCAAGCCCACAGUUGUCCCCAACGCCUCCCUCUAUGACUUUGCCUGCGUGUCAUGGAACUACACGUUGAAAGACUGGAGCACCUUUGGCUGCUCCAAAGCAACCACUCAGCAGACGGCCUGCGAUGUUUCUGUAAUCACACCACUGACUUCGCUGUGCUGAUGUCGUUCAGGAAGGAUUUUAAAUACGCUGAAGCGCUAGACUGGAUCACCAUAUUGGAUGCUCCAUGUCCAUCAUUGGGUUGAGUUUAACAAUAACAUUCCAGAUCACAACCAGGUAAGAUCCUACAGGGUUCCAGAACCAAUUCAAAAUAUACAAUAACAUUCCAGAUCACAACCAGGUAAGAUCCUACAGGGUUCCAGAACCAAUUUAGAACGUCCAAUAGUGUAAAGAAGCACUUUGUCUGAUCCAACAGGACUUGAUAGGUGAACAAAUUAUGAAACCCACUAUUAAUGACCAACACAUCCAUAGCUGCACAU